GCCCGCGCAUCGCCAGGCAGUGAUGUUCAGAGUGUGUAAGGGGAAGCACGUCGCACCGCAUCUCCGGCCACCAGUCCCACGCUGGCUAGUUGGCUCUUGCCGUCGCUCUGAACACUGUCGCUCUUCUUGGCUACUUGGACCGUGCUGAGGAUUGCCCUGGGAUGUUAUUUAUAGAAUGUGAUGCAUUUGUAGCAUGUGGUGAGCUCUGAUAAGCUGUGGAGUCUGUUUGCUCUGACAAAUCAAAGAUCUAUCGAACUAUAGUUGCUAGCCAUGUGUAACUUAGUGUAACAAUGCCUGUACCGCAAAUAUUACUACAGGAAAAGAUUGAUGAUGUUUGUUCCGUGAGUGUCUAGAACAACACACCUUCCUGGAUAGAUUCAUCACCAUGCGAGUGCUAACACCUGUGAUGCUGGUGGUGGUGAUGGUGGUGGUGGUGAUGGUGAUGGUGGAGGGGUCGUCCAUGAGGGGUGGGAGCAGUGCCUACCCUCUGAGAGAGGGGCUGAAGCUUGUGAACAAUGGCUAUGAUGGCGUGGUAGUCAAGGUGGAUGAUCGUUUCCCUGAAAGCUGGUGCAACACUAUUCUUGACAGACUUGAGAUGAUGCUUGGCCGCGCCUCGUCUGUGCUGUACCGCGCCACCAGACGUCGUGCAUACUUCAGGAGCGUCACUGUAAUACUGCCUGCCCACUGGUCCUCCUCACGCUGCCCUCGCCCUAUUAGUGGUGCUGCAGCCCCUACCUACCCACCCGCCUUCACUAUCUCUGAACCCCACCCUGUGUACGGCCACGUGCCCUGGACGCUGCAAGUGGGCGGCUGCGGGAAGCCAGGCAAGACGAUAUACCUGACUCCGGAGUACAUUACCGACAGGAACUUCUCUGAGACUUUGGGCGACCCUGAUUCUCCUGUGCUUGGAAUAAGAAAAAGAGGGGGGCCGAAUUUACAAGUCCUCGGCGACCCUUCUGAAUCCCUCCUCUCCUUCCUCACGCAGCCAUUACACUGA